AUCAAACCCCUGCACGUAUACCAAUCAGUAGAAGACUACUGUGCUACAAUAUACUACACCUUCUGCAGUCUUCACUAAUUGCAAGGUGCAUGGCUAUAUAUGGGUCGAGGCUUUCGUUGCCCACCUAGCUCUGUAUUUGAAACUACAGAGAGAGAGAGAGAGAGAGAGAGAGAGAGAGAGAGAGAGAGAGAUGGGGAGGAGUCCAUGCUGCUCCAAGGAAGGAGUCAAUAGGGGAGCUUGGACUGCUUUGGAAGAUAAACUGCUGACAAAUUACAUUAAAACUCAUGGCGAAGGCAAAUGGAGAAACCUCCCCAAGAGAGCUGGUCUGAAUAGAUGUGGGAAGAGUUGUAGACUGAGAUGGCUAAACUAUCUUAGACCUGACAUCAAGAGGGGCAACAUAUCUCAUGAUGAAGAAGACCUCAUCAUCAGACUCCACAAGCUCCUUGGCAACAGGUGGUCGCUAAUAGCCGGGAGGCUUCCAGGGCGAACAGACAAUGAAAUCAAGAACUACUGGAACACUACUUUGGGAAAGAAAGCAGGUGCUGCGUCACCUUCAUCCAAACACAGGCCCACUCCCAAAUCCCAACCCAAAAGCCACCCCAAAGAGCCAAGCGCCCCCCGGCAGCCACCGGCGGCAGCUUCUCCGCCGCCACCGCCGCUGCCACGAGUAAUCCGAACCAAGCCCACAAGGUGCACCAAAGUCCUAGUUCCUCCACCACCACUCCUCCCACAACACCCAGAUCAUGAUCAUGACCAUCGUGAAGACAACCAUAACCCUGCAACUUUACAUAACUCAGCUGCCAUGGAUUCAACGGAAGAAUUAGAAGAACUUCAUCAAUUGGCUCAUCAUCAAGUGUGCUUCAAUGAUCAGAUGGAUGAGUAUGGGAAGGAAGAUCUUCAUGUGAUGUAUUGCUGUGACUCAAAUUUCUCGAUCAAUUUUGACCAUGGUAAUGAUGACCAUCAAGCCACAUUAAUGGGUAGUACUGAAGAUGACAAGGGGGACCCUAGUGGGUGCAACGACUUGGCCAUGGGCUCUCAUGGCCAUUCCCUCACAUUGGAGGAAGAUUGGAUCACAAACUUGUGCAAUGAGGACAAUGCCGAUUUGGAUCUUGGGUCUUUGGCGUUUGUUCUUGACUCGGAGGAAUGGCCAUAAUUAAAAGAAAAUACAUUCACUAAUCAAAGUAUAAAAUUUUCGGCAUAUACAUAUAAUAAAGAGCAAGUGACCAUGGCAUUUUUCAUUCAAUUAAAAAGUUAAUUAAACGUCUCGUGUUUUACUUACGAUUGUUGCUCUUGUCACGACAUAUAUUAUAUCACCAAUAACUUGUGUAAGACGCUUGAAACUGACUUUCAGCGUUGAACUGAAUUCUUUAAGUUGUCUGUUUUUUGUAAAUGUAAAUUAUUAUUAAUUAAUUUUCUUAACUUCCGUGAA